AUGGUCCGUAGAUCGAGAUCCCGCCGAACACAUCUGCUCGGGGCUUGUGCAACAUGCCAACGUCGACAUGUUAAAUGUGAUCAGCAGCGACCCGCAUGUAAAACAUGUUCCGCGUCAGGCUACACGUGUGAAGGAUUCUCAAACGAUGUGCGGUGGAUGCAAGAAACGGGACAGUCGGCUACCUACGAGAAGUCAUCUGUGAAGGGAAAUCAUCUAAAACGAAAUGGUCUGAGACGCCAUCUAUACUCAGAGCAAUCCCGGGUUUCUAUGGGGGCUAUCUUGAAUAAAGGCCUCUUCUCAGGCUCAAUUGACUCGACCAUCGAGGAGAUUGACGCAAGAUCAUGUGGGCCGUUCGCUUCUCCGUUUAAUGACAUUCGAAUUGGCCCAUUUGCGGUCCUGAACUUCAAUGAUGUCGAUCAGGAAGUACGCGACUUGCCGCCUGGCGGUGCUUCCAAACUUGAACCGAUCGUUGAGCCUCCAGCCGACAGUGUACUACCAGUUCGAGGGUCGCCAUUACCGGCAGAACUGCCAGAGCUUACAGACGACCUCUUACAAUGGUCUGAUACUAUAUUUGGGCUUGAUGACGACUUAUAUGGAGUUACCUCCAACUUUCCCCUGAAUUUAAUGAGCUACCCCGAUUUCUCCGCCCAUCCAGAUUGGCUUACAUACGACGAUACAACAUGCAAUUUAUCUUCCCCAACGAUACUUGACUCUACUACCGAAAUAUUCCAGAUAUCUUCAGGGCAUCUAGGUCAAGAUUUCAUGUCGCUAUCCCAAACCCUGCAAACUACUCCUACUGCUAGUAACCCAACGACCCACGUCGAUAUCUUGGGUGAUGCUCCUUUUUUGUUGCAUAUUUUCCAGAAGCAUGUUGUGCCUCAAUUAACAAUUGUUCCCUUUGGAAAGAAAGCAUCUUGGAACAUAAUGAACCUCCCAGCUGCACUAAUUACAAUUGGAGAUUUGACUAUUUUAGAAUCGCAGGGGGUCAGUCACGCUCGACAGGCCAAUCUAUACAGUCUCCUCACGUGUGCCGCCGUUUUUCUUGCAAAGAAACCAUCCACUGAGUCGGAUGGAGACAACCAACUCACGCAUUGGCACCAAGUUGCCACCAGAUCAUAUCAUGAGGCCAAAGAGCACACACUCAUCUUUAUGAAAGAGCCACUUGGCAUGCCCAAAGCUAAAUAUAAGGAUCGUACGAUGGCAAUGUGCGCGAUUAUAGAAGCUGCGAACUUCAAUGGUCAACAACAAGAUGCACGAUACUUUAUUCUCGAAGCAGAAAGACUCCUCCGUCGCCGAGGAAUUCACAAGCCAAGAACUUCAUAUAAAAGCCGUCUCCUAGUGAAUGUCUAUACAUGGCUGCGAAUUGUCGGCGAAAGCACAUACGUCCUUCAAGACUUCACAGCUUCACAACAAUUCAUUGAUGCCCUUAAUCAUCAAAUCCAGACAUGUCGCCCCGAGUGUAUGAGAGGGUCCUCACAAUCUAUAAGCGAUCGAAAUACACACCAUGAUGACUUUCUUCAUAUGGAACAUUCGGAGAAUGAUCUCGAUAUCGACUCACCAAAAGAUUCCAGGAAAGAUAUCCCCGAUAUCCAUCUUCAUGACUCCCGAAAAUCUGCAGCAACACUUGCCAAACAGGUUUAUGGGAUUUCAGAGACGUGGCUGAGUCUGGUCUCGCAAACAACACGCUUAGCGAACGUACUGGAGAAGGUGAGGGCUGCUCAAAAUGCAGACAUGCAGGUGGACUCUAAGAUAUCGCGAUUUCUUCAAGAGCGAAGCGACCGUCUUGAGAGCGUUAUUCACUCUUAUAUCACCCCCAGCAUUAAUUCUAUCUCUCCAGAUGAGUCCUCAGAUGCCUACGCCCAUAUUGUCAAGGCAUUCAAUGCAGGGCUGGUGAUAUUGUUCUAUAGGAGAGUCCGCAAGGUCCACCCGGGGAUUCUGUCAGGGCAGGUGGACAUUGUGAUUCGCUCCUUGCAAGCUUUACACGCUGAGCUGCCGACGGUUGAUCACACUGGCCCUGGUACAAUUUGGCCAGUAUUCAUGGCAGGGUGCGAAGCGAUGACGAAGGACAAACGAAAUGCGGUUUUGGAGUUACUCGAAAAGUCCGACCACAACUGCCGCCUCCCGCCUUUCCAGGUAGCCAGAUGCGUGAUGACCCGGUUAUGGGAAAAUUAUGACAAGGAGCGUGUAUACAGUUGGAUGGAUAUAUUGAAGGAACAUAGGGCAUGGCCCAUGUUCUGCUAG